AUGUCAGGGGGGAUCUGUCCCGUUGUGGCCCGCGGGGGGAGUCUCCACCGUGUCCGGUGCUGCGGCUGUCUGUCCAUCUUGGCCCGCGGGGGGAGUUUCCGCUGUGCCCCCUGCUGCUGCGGAGGCCACGCCGGUGGUGGGCUGCCCUGUGUGCCCGGAGGGUACAGGACUGGCAACAGAAGCGCUCAUCACGCAACCAUCUACUCGGCAACUGUGUGCUCCUCCCGGGACUGUGACGAGAAUGCGCAGUGCUCAUCUCAGGGAUCAAAAGUCACCUGCGUCUGUAAAACAGACUACGAGGGCAAUGGCCGAGUGUGUGUCCCCAAAAACCCCUGCAACCAGAACAACGGAGACUGCCCAGUGAACUCCACCGUGUGUGCGUUCAGCGGAGCAAACAAGUCCACGUGCCAGUGCAUGGCAGGGAUGAGACCAGUAGGGGGCAGCGCUCAGUUCGGCUGUGAGCUUGUGUCAGCCUGUUUGAAAGACUCCUGUCAUCCCUCUGCUUCCUGUCGCACCGGAUUGGACGGACAUGACAGAUGUGAGUGCAGUUCAGAGCAGAUCGGUGACGGUUGGAGAUGUUACGGAAACCUGAUGGAGCAGCUUCUAGAACUCGACAGAACCGGAGACCACCGCGGCAAUCUGACCGAAACUAUUGCUCUUUUUGAGAAAGGCUGCUCGCUGCUGUUGAACCAUGACGGUCCCUUUACAGCCUUCAUUCCACUGCUCAGGACUCCGCUCACGGGUGUGAAUGAAGAGGAAGUGUGUAAGAACCACCUGAUCUUAGGGGAACAUCUUUACAAAGACCUUGAGGGGAAGGACUUCAGUCUGUACGGAGGAGGACGGCUGCGCAGCAAGGGCAACAAGGUCAACACUCAAGACACAUGGAAAUAA